AUGCCAUCCGCAUUUGAUCUAAUUGAUUCAGGCGGUGGGAACGGUAGUGGUGCACACACUGACGAUACUAAAUAUGGUUCAUCACCAACAUCAUCGUCCUCGUCAUCCGUUGGCGGUGGUCCAUUCAAUGCACCGCUUAGUACUCGUGGUAGUGCCAUAACUGACCCAUCAUUUCCAUACUUUCCACCUCCAUUCAAUCCAGCCUUUGCUGCUCAAUUCGAUGUACAUGCCGCCGCAGCAGCAAGUGCUAUUGAACAUUAUCCAACAUUUAACUAUGCUACGCCGAAUGGUUCAUCAGCUUCUUCCUCACCCUAUGGAACUACCACAGCAAUGCAUCAUCAACAUGCAAGUCCAAGUAGUAAUACAUUCAACACAGCAUCGUACGAUCCAUACACUUCAGCUUAUGCAGCAACUGCUGCUGCAGCACGUCACCAUCAUUCGAUUCUCGAUGCUCAUCAUCAUCAUCAUCACGCGGUCGAACUUUAUUCUCGUCAUUCACAACAUCAUCAGACAUCGGCCACUUCGCUUGUCGAUCAUACAGCUCGUAUUCUCAAUGGAGCAGUUUCAACGGGUAAUGCCGGCGGAGAUGAUUUACAAAUGGGUGACUCAACUUAUCACAGAUCAUCGGCAAGCAGAGAUGGUCGUCGUUCAGAUCCACAAAGAGACUCGAGCUCCUUUUCUUCCAUGUGCUCGGGUAGCGUCAACGGCAGUGGUGGUUCGAAUUCGCCAACUGAUAACUUCUGUUUAGUUCCUGGCCGAUUGGCACUGCUCAGCUCAACAUCAAAAUACAAAGUAACGAUCAGUGAAGUCCAACGACGCCUUUCCACACCAGAAUGUCUCAAUGCAUCCUUGCUUGGUGGAGUUCUAAGACGAGCCAAAUCGAAAAAUGGUGGCAGAGAUCUUCGAAAUAAAUUGGAGAAGAUCGGGGUCAACCUACCAGCUGGCCGUCGGAAAGCAGCAACGACGACGUUACUUACAUCUCUUGUAGAAGGAGAGGCAAAUCAAUUGGCAAUCGAUUUUCGCACUGUGUGUGAAAACGAUUUUCCAACCAAAGUGACAGCAGAUUAUGUAGCAAGACAUCAUUCAGAUCCAAAUGAAAUUAGUACACGAAGAAACAUGGUUUUAGCUGCUAAACAAUUAACUAAAGAAUUCAGUGAUUUACUCAAACAAGAUCGUUCACCUGUCAAUGUCGCAUCGCCAGGAAACGCAGCAAAUGGUUUAUCCAAUUCACGACAUGGUCCUGGUUCAUCUUCGACAUCUUCCUCGCUAAUUGCACAUCGACAUCUACUCACAAUUCCUCCUACUCUUGAUCCUCAUGUUCAAGAUUCGCUAACGAAUUUUUCUCUCAUCACGCAUGGAUUUGGUGCACCAACUCUCUCCGCUGCUGUCGAUGUCUUUCAUCAAUAUUUAACUGAAAUGCUGAAAUACUACGAGAAGAACUAUCCUAUGUUCAUUGCAACAACAUCUACAUCGUCAUCAAUGAAGAAUGGAAAUGGUGGCAUCGAUUAA